UUAUUUUCAAAGAUUUUAAUGUUUUUUAUGAAAUAUUUAGAAUUAUCAGCAGAGUUUUAUUAUUUACAAGAUUUUAUUCCUUAGCCCUCUUUUUUUCCUUGCAAAAACAAUAACGAGUCAUCGCUUAUAAUCGCACAUCGUUUUUGAACUAUAAAUUUAUUUCUGUUUGUACUCUAAUCAAAACAGGUAGACAGGAGAAAAAAUCGUUUGGACUUUACGAGCAUUUUAUGAGAAUUUCCUGUCAAGCAUUCUAAUGCUUAUUUGUAAUCAUUUCACUCAUCGGACCUCGCCGCAGAUACUGAUUUGAAAAAAAAAAAUCAAAGAAAAGAUAAAACUCCAACAGGAGAGAGAAAAAGAAAAUGAGAGAAUAAAAAAGUAAAAAAAGCGCUACCACCACUUGUUGAGAUACACUAUCCCGCUCAUGUGUUAAAUGAAAGAACUGUUGGGACCACUGCAUAGAACUUCUGUCCUGUAAUAAAAGAUCUCAAGGACAGUGUCUUUUCGAAAGUAAGAAAAUAAAGUAAGAAAAAAAAAAAAAAAAAAAAAAAGACGCUAGAGAGCAAAGUGCACGGGAAAACGUAACCUAGGAAGAAAGGGGGAGGACCAUCUUCACUUAACCGGAAGCGGACCCCCUCAGACCAAACCCACGUGGCGCAACAACCCCAAACUCCCCACCCCCUCUUAGCAUCAUCCUCAUCGGAGUUUGUUAAAAAGUCAAGUCACUGUCUUGUGUUCUUCUCCACAGUCAAGUGGUCCUGUUCAUCGCUCGCUCAGUCCUGGGUUCGAUACGGAUCCUAUGUUGAUCUUCUGAAAGUUUGGACUUAGGUCAAAGUGUGACUUUGGAGUGGACAGUGUAAGGUUACUGUGAUAGACAUUAAAAUAAUCAAAUAUGCCUCGAGCAUUUUUAAUCACUAAUAAAAGGUACAACUCUGCGGUGGAUUAUGAAGAUAAUCAACAGUCCAGAGAAUCCAGCCCAGAGAGACGGGUAUCAACUGCUGAGGGGUCGUUGAUCUUCCGUUCGCCUAGCUGUGACAGCGAAACCGAUUCCAUAGGAUUCGACAAUCUCAAGCCGACCAGCCCCCACUCGCCGGCUCAUGAAUCCAGAUCUAGACAACAAAGUCCUUCGGACGAUAAAUCACCGAUGGGAAUCACGGUAUUCAAUCAAAUGGACCACACAUCUUCUCCUUCUCCUCCACAAACAUUCAACAAUCUCCAGGUUACCUCAACCACACCAUGUAGUGUCUUCCGUCCCUGCCAAACUACGACAUCAGCUCUGGUGACUGUCAUUCGUCAGUUGAUGCAACACCAGCCAACUUCAGCUAUCAUCAGUCAUUCACCAAACAGCAGUCCAUGCUCUACAAGUAGAAAUUCCCCCACUUUCCAACAACAGGACUCACACAUAUGUACGGAGUGUGGCAAGCGUUACAGCACGUCCAGCAACCUUGCCAGACAUCGUCAAACCCAUCGCAGCGUCACGGAUAAGAAGGCCAGAAAGUGUCCACACUGUGACAAGGUGUACGUGUCCAUGCCGGCCUACAGCAUGCACGUGAGGACACACAGUCAAGGUUGUCAAUGUCCAUACUGCGGAAAGUGCUUCAGCAGACCCUGGUUAUUGCAAGGCCAUAUCCGAACACAUACUGGAGAAAAACCAUUUUCCUGCCCCGUGUGUCGAAAAGCUUUUGCUGACAAGUCAAACCUGAGGGCACAUAUUCAAACGCACUCCAGUAGUAAGCCUUAUGUGUGCCAACGAUGUGGUAAGGCUUUUGCCUUGAAGAGCUAUCUCUACAAGCACGAAGAGUCUUCCUGUAUGAGAGUCCACAGACAACAACAACAAGACCAUGGAAAUGACUCCGGAGUCAUAUUAGACUUGGCAACUGCCAAAGAAGUGAACGGAGAUCGCAAGAAUCCUUCCUCGAUAUUUGUGGAUAGGAACGCUGCCAUACUAGUCGGAUAGUGAAAAGUUGGAGUAAAUUGAAUCAUCCAUUUUAAGCGAAAAGGCUGUAUUUCUGUUGCCCACCUAAUAAGGCAUUAUUGAAAUGAUUCCACAGGAUGAGGAUAGUAUGGCUGUAUCCUCUUCUACAGAGCAUGCUUGAAUCCAUAAAUACAGAGUUGGAACUCGUUGUCCUCGGUCUUCGAAACCAAAAAUCGUUUUAAAUAAUUAAAUUGGUAUCAUACUGAGCUUAAAAGUCAAUCCAAGUGCAAUACAAUUCAUCGAAACUUUUCUACAGAUAUGUUGGUGCAAUGUUUGAAAGUUUAUUAUGUUUCCGAGACUUUUGACUGUGAAAGGAAAAAUCAAAGAAUUGGUGAAGGUGAAACGACUGAAACAAUAUUGGAAAGUUGAGAAGAUAUUUUUAUUACCUACAGUUAUACAGAUUCCUCAUUUUAUUUCUGAGGACUGGUCCAUAAUUAUUUCUAAAAUUCAUUGCCCAAAGUAUUCAAUAUCGACAUUUUUUGUAAACUUUUUCGCAAAAAUACUUUAAAUGAAUAUAAAUUUGCAAUUUUUGUUCUUAAUAAUUUUUUAAUAAAUUUGAAAGUUACAAAUGCAUUAUAACUUAGAUAACGUAAAUCUGUUUAUCCCCCCCCCUUGAUCUUGUAUUUCUACUCAGAAUAAGUAUUGAUUUAUGGUAAUUUUUACUUGUUUUUAAUAUGACUUAGAAAGAAAUGGUGCAUAAGGGAAAGAAUGGUGAAGUGACUUUAUACCAAAGAAAGCAUUUAUGUUUACACUGAAGAUAUUUUUAUAAGAACAGUUUAUAGAGAAAAAAAACCCAAAGAUUUAUUCCUUGUUUUUGUAACGUUAAAGUUUUUACUGUUUGUACUUUAUGCUGAAAUAUUUGAAAGAAAAAAAAAGAUUUUGCUGUAUUUGUUAUAUCACUUGUUAUGCCUCACACUCUCGGAGACAUUCAGUUGUUUUUAACCAAUUGUUGUCAUAAAAAUCAACUUUUUAAACAUUUAUUUACUCUAUAUAGUCUGAUUUUAUAAAUAUUCGAUUAGCUAUAGAGCAAAAACGAGAGAAUUUGUGUUUGAGCCACGAAUCAACACUCCAGUAGUAGAAUUUUAGCUAUGUCAACUGUGUGUGUGAUCUCUUUCUUGCUAUAUGAAUGUUUUAUAUUAAAUUCUGUUUUGAUACGUUCUUUCCAAAACGCGAAAGAUAAGAGGUGAAUAUUUCAUUAAUUUUUUAAAAAUCAUUAUACUGGGUCUGUAGUUGUAGGCAAACGUCUGAUAUUGUGAAGUGAUCUCUUUUAAAAGUGGACCAAAGUUGUGCCUUAUUGUGCCAAUUACUUAUGAGAUUUCUGCCUUAUGCUGAAUGCAUAGUCUGAAAUACUAUUUGCUUCUUUUUAGCAGAUAUAAGGGUGUCUAUAAGUGUACAAUGUUAGUGAGUCAAAAGCUAUACAAGAAAGUAGUUUUUGCAAAUAUUUAUCUGUAGGUACAUUAUAAGAAAAAAAUUCUAUUUAUUGCCAAAUUAGAUGUUUUUAUUCAAGGUUCGCUUUAUUUGCUUAUAUUUAUUAUUUAUUAUUACGCGCUUAGCUUUAUUUAAUGCAUUUGUUAUAUAAUAGUAAAUUAUUAUUGACAAUGUGUACAUCCUAGUCAUAAGUUAAAUAUAUAUUAUUUCAACUAUAUCUUCGACGGAAUAGUGCAUUGACUAAUGAAAAAUAUUUUUAUUGCUGUUUACGCAAAAAAAAUAAUAAUAAUCUGAAACUUGUUAGAAAUUAUUAAUGAAAAUAUUUAACAAGUAGUAAGUAAGUGCGAAUAUUUUUAUGUAGAGACAAUCACAGUAUUUUUGUGAGAGAUCACAGUGCAAUAUAGUGCAUUAAAAGGUUGAAAAUAUAUUUUCUGUGCAAUAAUAUGUGCUUGUUAUGUUUUAAUGUAUUUUCAAAGUGUGAAUUUUUUUAAAAAUUUUGUACUCGAUUUUUUUGUGUGUGUAGAUGUGGGCACAAACCAUAUCUUGCUUGUUUUUU